UAUACGCGGCACGUGACUACGUGACUGAGGGGGAGGGGAGCCUGCAGCUGCGCUCUGAACUACACUACCCACAAUUCCCUCCGUGCGUCAACAGCAACAGCUAGGAUGUUGCGAUAUCGCUGGCAGCCAAAGAUUGCUGUGGUUGCAGAGAUUAGACCGCUGGGUUGAAACCUCAGUCUUGUGUUUUGGUGGAUGCCAAAUCGUAUGCUUACAUAUUUUCAGCCACGGUUGCAACAGACGCUGUCUUCAGUCUCCCGUCGACUCGACGCUUAUUUGUGUUGAUGGAAGGCUGCGUCGCGCUAACGCGUUAGCUACCAAAAAUAACAGUUUUAUCGUAAAUGGGAGCAAUUAAACAGCUAGACGGGUAGCUAGCCAUGAAGCAACGGACCGUGGCUUCACUUUGCUGAGGAUGGAAAGACAUUUUUUGGCAAGGCUAUUGCACAAGUUACACGUCGGAUACAUCGCAGUCGAAGACAUUAUCUUCAGAGGAUAACCUGGAUAACCUUACAUACACGAAAUGUCAUAGCGCGUAAGUAGCUAGCACUGAGCUAGCUCGGUUAUGGCUGUAAGAGAUGGAGAAGGACCUAAUGUUGUCAUUAUCAGCAGCCGCCCAUUAACAGCUAGAUGGAUAGCUAAAGAAAUACUUUCCCCAGAGAUGCUUUAGCCUCCCUGGGUCGUGUAAGUCACUUACAUAACAGCGAGUCGCAGCCGCUCUAUCUAUCACCAACUGGCUUGUGUUGGCGAGCGAUGGCAAAUUUGCCACUAAAAAUCCGAGUUCUCUCAACAUCAUCAUAAGUGACAAAGGCAUCACUGCGUGUUUCGAGGCUCUAAAUAGACUCCUUGCGUUUACAAUUUGAGCUGCGUUAUCAGUCAGCUCAUCAGUGUGUGUGUGUGUGUGUGUGGUGUCACUGACUGGAGCCACCCAAAUCCCGCUGCUGUCAUUUGGACAACAUGAGGAAGUUCUUUGAUUCCCGUCGGGAGUUGGUCAGCUCCGGGCCUGGUUCUGGAGAAGGUGGCAGCAGCUCCGGGUCCAGUCAUGCUGGCGGAAAUUUCAUUGGACGAGCCUUCACCGUCGGGCGGCACCAAGUCACCGUUGAGGAGAUAAUUGCUGAAGGUGGCUUUGCGAUUGUGUUCCUCGUGAAAACAAAUCAAGGGGUGCGCUGCGCCCUGAAGCGGAUGUAUGUCAACAAUGAGCAUGAUCUGCAGGUGUGCAAAUGUGAAAUUCAGAUAAUGAAAGACCUUGUUGGUCACAAGAAUAUUGUGGGGUAUCUGGACUCCAGUAUCACAGCUAUGGGAUCGAGGGAUGUAUGGGAGGUUCUUGUACUUAUGGAGUACUGCAAGGGAGGGCAGGUGGUCAAUUUGAUGAACCAGAGGCUGCAGACCGGUUUCACUGAGACUGAGGUGCUGCAGAUCUUCUGUGACACCUGUGAUGCAGUUUCUCGUUUGCACCAACGCAAGACACCCAUCAUCCACAGAGACCUUAAGGUGGAGAACAUCCUCCUGCACGACAAGGGUCAUUAUGUGCUGUGCGACUUCGGCAGCGCCACCAACAAGUUCCAGAGCCCGCAGACUGAAGGAGUCGCUGCUGUGGAGGAAGAAAUUAAAAAGUACACUACUUUAUCAUAUCGUGCUCCUGAAAUGGUGAACCUCUAUAAUAACAAGAUUAUCACCACAAAAGCAGAUAUCUGGGCUCUGGGUUGUUUGCUGUACAAGUUGUGCUUCUUCACUUUGCCCUUUGGUGAAAGCCAGGUGGCCAUCUGUGAUGGCAGCUUCACCAUUCCAGAUAAUUCCCGUUACUCUUACGAUCUUCACUGCCUCAUUCGGUACAUGCUGGAACCAGACCCAGACAAAAGACCCGAUAUCUACCAGGUGUCCCACUUUGCUUUUAAACUCGCUCAGCGGACCUGCCCUGUUCAGAAUGUGAAGAAUUCUCCUAUUCCCUCCAAACUUCCUGAGCCAGUCAAAGCAAGUGAGGCCGCAGCAGCAAAGAAAAGCCAGGCUAAGCCCAGGCUGACGGAUCCAAUUCCCACCACCGAAACCUCUAUCACCCCUCGCCAAAGGCCCAAAGCAGUGCACACUCAGCCGGCUGCUGGCAUCCUACCCAUCCAGCCUGCUGCUCUCACCCCUCGCAAGCGGGCUAAUCUCCCUGGCGGUGCAGCUCAGCCUGUGGGAGUCAGUUUAGAUCUCUCUCAGCCAGCUGCAGCACUCCAGUCGCAGAAGGCACAGGCUUCGGCUCUGCCACUCAUACAGGCGCAAAACAAUUCGAUUCAAGCUGCGGCUCAGCAGAAGCAGCCUGUUCAAUCAGCCGCAGCAACAGAAACGGCGCCUGUAGCAGGGGCAGCGGCGGCGGCAUCUGCCGUGGCGAAGCCUGACGUCCAACCUCAAGCACAGCCGCCGGUUCAGCAGCAGGCUCCACCUCCCACCGCGGUCAGCGCCGCCUCACAGCAGGCGGCGCAAGCCCCGUCCAGCCCGGCGCCGCCGCAGCGCCCGGCUCGCCGCAAGCAGCCCAGCGUGGCCCAGCAGCCCGAGGCUCAGCCGUCUCCCAGCAAGCCGGCCGCCGCCGCUCAGCAAGCAGCGUCUCAGCAGCAAACGCCAGCCGUCCAGGCUCAGACCGCAUCGGCUGACGUCAGCCCAAAGCCAGCCGAGACGACUCCACCUGCGACUCCAAAGACAACUGAAGAACGAGGCCAUCAACGCACCCAGAGCGACGCUGCAGUCAGCGGAGCGCCCACAAACACAGCGAGCGACUCCUCGCAGCCGCAAGGAGCCGACGGAGAUGACCUUCUCAGUCAAUCACUUACAUCUCAGCCGAGCACUAUCCAGCCUGUUCAGCUCGGCGACGCUGCACAGGACCAAAGUAAAGCUGCUUCUGUUGGUCCCGCCUCUGCCGGCGCCGCCAACACCCCGACCCCACCUGCAUGGAACCCGUUCGACGACGACGGCUUCAGUGCUGGAGAAUUCAAAACUAACGAGAAAAAGGCGAACGAACUACCUUCAGAUACUGAGACGGCGUCCUCUGAGGAGUUGAUACCAGGUCUGCAGGCGUCCGCCGUGGAGAAUACUCCAGCAGAAUCUGGUGAACGACCAUCAGCCAUUGUUGAUGUGGAUUCGGCAGCGUCGCUGCUGGUGGUCCCAGACCCGUUCCGCACUCUCGAACUCUCAGACACACCUGAAAAGUUGAUCGAAGGACUCAAAUCUCCAGAUACGUCUUCGCUCAUGCUUCCUGACCUCCUGUCGCUGUCUGAUCCAUUUGGUGGGUCGGUGGAGGAGUCUGCAAAAGCGGCUCCUCUCGCAGCAGACGAGUCUCUCCUGGGCUGCUCCCUCAUCUCCGGUCCGCCUGCUCCUCCGGCGGCAGGCGGCGCCGCCUCUUCCGUCUCCUCCGCUCCCGCCUCCGCCGCCUCGGCUCUGGACGAUCUCAGCCUGUUGUCUGGAGACUCCGCGCAGCCUAAAGCGGAUUCGUCCCUCCUGAUCUCAGAUUUCGAGUCCCAGCCGGCAGGUACGGAGGAAGGAACGGAGGACGAGUUCGAUCCUAUUCCCGUCACCGGCCGAAAGAACUCCCAAGGUGGGUCUUUACGGUCUCCUCAGGAGAACAGAGUUUCAGGAGGCCACUCGCGCAGUAACAGUGGCGGCUCUGAAUCCAGCCUGCCCAGCUUGGCCCGCUCCCUGAUGCUGGUGGACCAGCUCAUCGACUUGUAGGCGGCCCACCCCCUCCUCCUCCUCCCCUCCCCCACCCGUAGAAGCCGUAACGCCGGAUCAUAGCCUAACAACCCGUCAACAACGUUGUCAUAGCUUAGCUUCCUGCAAAAACCCCUCCUGGCUGCCAUCUUCACUGUAGUUCCUCCAGUAGAAACAUCUCUCAGCCUCUCAGCGCCUCUUCAUUUCCGCCCUUUCAAACUCGUGGAAUGCCUUCACGAGCUUCUUUUCCACUCUCAUCUCUCGUCCUCGUCUUUCCUCUCACGCCUCAUGUCACGGUCAUGUUGUAAAAGAGGUUCGUCGUCGCUUAUUCCGAAGAACUUUCUGACAUCCGGAUCUAGAGUAGCUCUUCGCUUUCUUUCGACGGUACGACAUUAAACGUCUACUAGCAGACAAUAGGCGCUCAUCGUUGUAAUGUACAAUAGGCAUAGCUCUAAGUGGUCGUAGUUAUUAUCGUGCACAAGUGAAAUUUGUCGUCGUUUUGCCUUUUCAAAUUUUUCCUUCCCAGAUUUAUUUGCACAUUUUUGAUGAAGAAGAAAAAAAAAAGAAGAAGAAAGAGGAAACUGAAAUGACCAUUUGUUCAAAAUGAGGUUUAUUUCUACAAAAGCCAAACUUCUUUGAGACUUUGUCAUGUAGCCCGUUUGCACAGUUGCAUUAAUAGUUACCUCUGUCGGGAGGGUGGGAUGAAAAGGAGAAAAAAAAAAAACAAUUUAAAGCUGCUUUAGGAAUAAAGUUACAAUCUGGAAAUAGAUCAGCCAUAAACACACAAACGGUCAAGUGCCAUAAAGUAAACCGAGGAGCUCUCUCAGUGGAUCCGCCGAACCGCCGCGGAGCUCCAAUAAAACGUAUCUUGAAUCACGUCUGCACAGCGUGUGCUUGAUUACCAGGAGCGUUUCUCAUUUACUUUUAAUUUAGGCUUUUUCUUUAUUAUUUUUUGUUAAGUUUUCGCCUCGAGGAAAGCAAUAGCUAAAAGUUGGGGAUAAAUAACAAAUCAGAGUCAUUUAACUGUUAAUAGCAGCGUGCCAUAUCGGUAGAAAUGCAUGAAAGCAAGAAAAUCAUUUGAGUAAUCAACAGUGAUAAGAAAACAGUAGACAUAUAGUAGCAAUUAUAUAUAGACCGAGCAUUCAUGGCUUUUUCCAAGUCAUUUCUUGGCACUCACAAAAACUGAAAGUGUCAUUUUAAGAAAUCGUUUUCACACACUCGCACCUUUUAUUUUUUGAAUAUCGCCACAUCCAUUCCACUUUGUUCAGUCCCCUCGACAUUCCUGUCACUUGUUUACUCCUAGUUUCUGUAAAUAUAUAUCUGCAAGGCCUCGGCAGGCUUUUAUCUGGACCGUAUAUAUAAAGUCAUUGUCAUCGAGCUUUACCUGUGGAAAACAUAUUGCUUUACUUGUGAAAUCUCUCUCAUAUAUAUACAGUAUAUAUAUGAUAUUGUUUUCCUGUUAAUACAUGUUAAUAUGAAUAGAGUGUUAGAGAAUGAAUGUAAGUAAUAAAUAUUAGUCUAUAAUGAAAAUCUAUCUAUGAUUCUUAACACCAUAACCAUUCGAUAAUAUUGAAGAAUAUUCUAUAUAAAUAUUUCAUUCCUCUUUGUGGAAUUGUGUGUUAAGAAAGUUUUUUUUUUUUCUUUGUUCUAUCUACUUGAUAAUCGUGGGUGAAUUCAGAUGUAUAGAUGAUAACCGACCCCAGUCUUUGUUUAACGUGGAAGGUUAGGCUGAAUCCCAUGUCUCAUUCCACCUCUGUGAGAAGAAAGCGAGCCCGUGUUCACGUUCGACCGCACGGACUGAUGAAGGUUUAUAUUUUUAUUCAAGAAUUCUCUGGAAAGUGGGAGUCGGGUGGUUUUCCGUUUUGGUCCCGUUUCCUUUGGAAUUGUGCUUUUCGAGGUUUUUUUUUUGGUUUGUUUGUUUUCUGCUUUGGUGAUCACAGAAUUCAUAUCAAGAAGCAUGGCGGUGUCGUUGAAUGUUCUGUUCAUGUGUGUUGGUGCACUGUGUGCGUGAGCGUGCGCGCGCGUGUGUGUGUGGAGUCUGAACCGUGAGGUGUGUUUUUUGUUUGUUUGUUUUUUUUUUCCUCCCAGUAGCCUCCUUGUGUUGUUGCUUGCUGCAGAUGUGACGACGGUCACGCCGUCAUUAAAAUCUCCUCUUUGAAAGCACAGGACCCCCCCCCCCAUAUCUCCCCCCGCAAAACUCUCUCUCAGGUAGCCAGAGCCGCGUCGCUCUCUGUCCGAGAGCUGAAAAAAAAAAAAUUGUACAGUCUUGGCUUCCCGCUCCCCCCGGUGUCACCGUCUCCCGGUUUACCCGGCUGCAGAUGUGGUCUGAGGCGUGGCGUGCGAGGGGCUACUGUGACAUGUGGAUAGGUCCGACUCGCGGCGCCGCUGCCGCCGACCACCGGGCAGCAGUCCGGGUUAGAAAAGAUCUGCUCCGGUCAGCAGCAGAGAAGGUUCUGUAGGAUCAAACAAAGGUAUUUUUUACCUCGCUGCUUUUUUAUUUAUUUAUCUUUUAAAUUAUUUCAUGGAUGGGAAAAGAUGCAGGUUUAGACAUGCAUCUCAUAAAGGCUGCUGGGAAAUGCCUGCUCUCAUGUAUUUAAGCCACAGCAACUUUGUUCUGUUCUGAUGCUCAGCAGAUUCAUCAGAUCAAGUGAAAAACAGGGUCAGAGCUGACAAAAGAUCCGCUGAAGGCAGCAGCAGUCAUCACACUUUCAACAUCCAGAAGAGAAAAAUGCCUUGAGCUUAAAUAUCACUCGGAAAGUUCACAGGUUUCAUGACAGAUUCCGUUUUAUUUUUUAACUUAUAAAGUGUUUUCAUGUUAAUCUGAGAAUCUCAUUUGUUGUCAUGACGCAGUUUGUUAAAGCGAUGCUCCCACACAUCCGCCUCACAGGUGGGAGACAGACGGAAUCAAGGCAAUAAAGGUGAUUCAGAAUCCAUCCGACCCUCACACGAGGAGUGUUUCCAGGAAAUUGCUAAUGGAAUGGAGAUACUUUAUUAAUCCCAGGGGGGAAUUCUCGAAAUCACUCCUUCAUCCUCAUAAAUCUCCAAAAAUAAAUCAGCGAGAAGGAAAACUGUUUGCAAAAAACAGUGUUUGGAGUGUGUUUUGUGAAGAGACUGCAUGUGCAAUGGAAGUUUUUUUUUUUUCUUUUUUUUUCAAAUAUCAUCCUCGAAUUUUUUUUUUCUCUUUUUUAAAUCUCAGUCAUUUCGCAGCUACUGUUUGAACCUAUGCAACUCCCACGCUUCCUCCCUGUAAUGUGCUGCUGUGAUCAGUGAAGCCGAGCGAGACGAGUCCUCGUCGUGAAACAGAAGCCCCUCGUUUUUUUUUUCUUUCUCUCUGUUGUUUUUUGCCAAAAAUUCCAAAAAAAAAAAAAGAAAAAAAAAACCUGUCGAUUAUCUGGUACUAUUGCGUGUUUUGAGACACCUCCUGUCAUUUAUGGCCCAAACCUGCGUCAGAGCUGUGAUAUCGUGUGCUCCUUCUAUUUUUGUGAGAUAACUAAAGAAUUAUAAAAGGGAUGGCAAAUAAAAUACAAAUGUGAAUGUCAA